UUACACAAAUAAAUGUCAUUCAACGUUUUAUUUCAUUAAUUCAUUAUGAUUUUUUACAUUGGAGUUCCCUAGAAAGAGAAAUUAUACAAUACGGAAGAUGAUAUUUUAUACAUCUUGGUCUAGUUGCGGAGUGUGGUACGAAAUGUGAUGAUAUAAGUUACAAAAUGACAUAUAUUUUGAUAUCCAGGCCAAUUCCGAAAGUACUAGAAACAGGAGGAAAUAAAUUCCUAUGUGAAGUCAUUUAAAGUAGCAUUUAUCAGCAUUCAUUAAUCACGGCAUAUGGAAGGAUGAUAUGAAUAUGAUUAUAAUUUAAAAGUAGCUGCUAAAAAUGGACAAAAUGUUACGGUUAUAUGGGUGGAAAGAACUAAUUACAAGAAAUGUGGUUAAAAGAGAGGGAAUAAUGGCGUGUUUUAGUGUGAAUAAGAACAAAUCCAUUGUGAAUACCUUUUAUAACAAUGAUAGACAGUCUUUGUACCUUUUAAGAAAACUCCAUUGGCAUAUUGAUCCAUUAGUAAAAAUUGUCAAGCCAUCCAAUUUCAUAUUUCCUUCCUUACUACAUGUGUUUGAAAGGCAAAGAGAAUAUAGAAGAAAUAGUGAAAAUUCGAGGCGGCAGUAUAGACGUUGGAAAAUCAUUUUAAGCAGUUUUGGUGUAAUCAUUGCUUCAUGUGAUGCAACAAGUUUUACUAAAGAAAAGAGACUUUUUAGAGCAGCGAAAUAUGGUAAUAUUCCUGAUCUUAAAAGGGCAUUAGCAGAUGGGGUGGAUAUAAAUACAAGGCACCCGUUGGGAUGGACAGCAUUACAAACUGCCGCAAUUAAUGGGAAAGUAGAUGCAGUACAAUUUUUACUGAAGAAUGGCGCAGAUCCUAAUGCUGGAGAUCAUUUUAUUAACGUAUAUAAAACUUCUAAGGAAAAGAAAUUAAAUACUUUAGAUGUGCUCUUGACCUGGGAGGAAGAAUUCUCAGAUCGGCUAAAUAAGAGAGCUUCAUUCCAAGGAUUUACAGCGCUACAUUAUGCUAUAUUAGCAAAUUGUAAAGAAUGUGUAAAAGCAUUGUUAGAUGGAGGAGCAAAUCCUACUAUAGAAAACGAUGCAGGUCAUCGCCCUAUUGAAUACUCCAGAGAUGACGAAAUGAAUGAAAUGCUUAUCAAAUCUGCUCUUGAAUUUGAUGAAAUUCAGAAACAAAAGGAAGCAGAGGAGCGACGGAGAUUUCCACUAGAGCAACGUUUGAAGCAACACAUUGUUGGUCAGGAAAGUGCAAUAUCUCUUGUAGCAUCAACUAUUAGAAGAAAAGAAAAUGGUUGGAUCGAUGAAAACCAUCCAUUAGUAUUCUUAUUUUUGGGUUCAUCUGGUAUUGGAAAAACUGAAUUAGCUAAGCAAAUAGCGGCAUACAUUCACAAAAAUAAGACAGACGGUUUUAUUCGUUUGGACAUGUCCGAAUAUCAAGGAAAGCAUGAAGUUGCUAAGUUAAUCGGAGCUCCACCUGGUUAUGUAGGGCAUGACGAAGGUGGCCAACUAACUAAGAUGCUGAGUAAAUGUUCUACUGCAGUGGUACUAUUUGAUGAGGUGGAUAAGGCACAUCCUGAUGUAUUGACAGUGCUCCUUCAAUUAUUUGAUGAAGGUCGAUUGACAGACGGAAAAGGAAAGACGAUUGAAUGCAAGAAUGCAAUAUUUGUUAUGACAUCAAACCUGGCGAGUGAUGAAAUAGCGCAACAUGCAAUGCAGCUUAGAGAAGAAGCUGAACGAAUGUUUGCAGUUAGACUGAAUAAAGUUUCGGAUGAGGAUCAAGAACCAGAACACAUUGAAAUAUCACGUAACUUUAAGGAUAAUGUGGUUCGACCCAUUUUGAAAGCUCAUUUUCAUAGAGACGAGUUUCUGGGUCGCAUAAAUGAAAUCGUUUAUUUUCUGCCGUUCUCUCGAUCGGAACUUAUCCAACUUGUUGCUAGAGAACUGGAGGCUUGGGCUGCUCGAGCACGAGAUAGACAUAUGGUUGAACUAAAAUGGGACCGAGAAGUAUUAUCUGCUUUAGCUGAUGGAUACGAUGUUCAUUAUGGUGCUCGUUCAAUAAAACAUGAAGUGGAACGCCGAGUAGUUAACCAAUUAGCAGCUGCUCAUGAACGUGGUCAAAUAGGAAAAGGAUCUUGCGUUUUGCUGAAAGCAAAAUGGCAUGAUGAUGGUGUAAGCAUUGGCCUAUCGGUUCGACCUGCGGGAGUGAAAGAGUUUACAGAUAUCGUGGAACCGGAUUAUUUGAUGAGUAAUACUAAUUAUGUGUUUUAAAUCUGAUGAAAUGAAAAAUGCAACAGGACACCUAGGACGUGACCGUGUAGAUUAUGUACAGAACAACGAAGCUAAUUUCGUAGGAUGCGUAAAUUUAUAGUUUUAUUGUAUUUCAAUGAAUGUCGCAUUACAAUGUUUACUGGAAAAUUCUUAUAUAAUGUCCUCCUUUCUAACGGAAGAUUUAAAAAUGACUGAGUUAGCUUUAAUAAACCGUUAAUGUACCUAUGAUUUGUACUUACCAUCUGUUACUACCAAGUAGUAUCCUCAUAUAAAUGUAUGUUUCUUCAUGGACGAGCUGCAUGUGAUAUAGAUUUAUUGUAAUACCACAUAAUAGAUUGAGUUGGAACAUGAUAAACCAAACGUGAUGGUGUAAAUAUCUUUAUUAUUUUGAACCAAUCACAUAGGAUACAUGACAAGAAAAUAAGUUAAACAUCACAUUUAAGGUGUAAUAUAGUUCAUUGCGUUUACCUCUAAGUGAAUGAGGUAAUUAAAUCGGAUUCAGGGGGAUGUACUGUAGAUACAUUUGUUUGACUUGUACCUUCAGAAAAUCAAAAUCUUGUCCAUUCCUUUCUGUUAACAUCUACGAACUUCUGAACCCCAUAUUUCAUUUAUUCAACAUUGAAAAUAGUACGACACAUCGUGUUAAUAUAUAUGUGCUUUGCAUACAUAUAAUAUAUAAACAAUACAUUUUUCAUAAUGUAUUAAUACAUACAUACACAUGUAUAUGUAUGUGUUAUAUAUGUAUCUAUAGAAAUACUGUAGGUAUAUGUUUAAGCGUACAAUAUCGGACUCCACUCUUUUGAUAGAGCGUUUCUCAUCGGUAUAAUUUUAUAUAGCUUCUUAUAUCGUCAUAUAAUAUAUGCAUAUAUUUAACAGCAAUAAACAUUAACCUUAUCUUUUUUAAAUAUAACUGACGUAAAGCUGGUUGAUCUGCCUUCUGGAAAAUGUAUCGGAACAUUUUAUCAAAUGUUUGAUAAGUCAUUCCGAUAUGCACGUGUUUCAAUCAGUCUACUGUAAGAGACUUGUUCCUUCCUUAUAUCUUUCCCAUCGAAAUAGUUGCAGGCAUGGUUUUCCCGUUGGUUCGAAUUUUUAUUUUUUGCCAUUUGGAUGGCCGGAAUAUUUUGGUUGACGAGCGGUACUGUGCCUUACUGGAAAUAUGUAAUUCGAUGGGAGAGAUUUAAUUUAAUGAAAAAAUGGAUCAACUGGCUUACAAGUUUACCUUAAAUGAUGAAACGUUCAUCCAAGUCCCGUCAAAUUUUAUUCGAAGUGUAUUUCAACUGAAGAAAUGUGUUAAUAAAUACCUAUAAAUGAU